UCGUCCAUAUUUAGGCAGUGGUAAAUAAACUAGAAAACGUGUAGUAUUCAAAUAUAAAUAUCUCAAGAAUGGCAUUAUAUGGCGUAAAAAAGGGAAAUAAGGAAAAAAGUGGUUUUCCAACGGCACACGGCUCGGAUGACUCUGAGGCUGAAUAUAGUAGAGACGAAUCCGAAAAUGACGCAGAAGGUAACGCAGGAUGGGCUGACUGCAUAGCAAAAGUUCUAAACACUUCCAAGCCAAAAACUAAGAAAACUUUAGUGUUGUCACGCGCCAAAAAAGUUAAGCCAGACGAUAAAGCAAAAACAAAGUCUGUGGAUUAUGGUUUCGAAGUUGAGGGCGAGCAGACAGUAGAUGAAAAGCCAAUAAAAAAGGAGGUUGAUGAAAAAAUUAAACGAAAGAAUGUGCAUCUAGAAUUACGCGUGAAACCUUCAUGGAGGGAUAUUGAGCGUGAACGCACUUUACGUAAGGUCGCGACGCGUGGUGUUGUACAGCUUUUUAAUGCAGUACGAAUACAACAAAAAAAUAUACAGGUGCAAUUGGACGCAGCAGGUCCACUAGACAGCCGAAAAGAAGCGGUUUUGAACAAUAUAAAUAAACGAAAAUUUUUGGACGUUUUAAUGAGUGGCAGUCGUGCUAAAUCAGAAGCGGUGGACAAUCCCGUAAAAUCUGAAAACAUGAAAGCAGAAGACAAUAGCGAAGAUGAAGAAAAUUCGUCGUCAGAUCCUCGAAAAAGGAAAUCGGAGUGGAGCGUGCUUCGUGAAGAUUUUAUGACAAAUAAAAAAAUUAAACAUUGGGAUGAAGAGGAUGAUGAAGAAAAUGAUGAAACAUUAAAUAAUGACACAAGCGAAGAGAGCGAUGAUGAAAAAUAAAGGCUAAUUUUUAAGAA